AUGCUCAUGUCUCAGAUCAAACAUAUCAUCUCUGCUCGCAAUAUCUCAUCCGCUAUCAUCAUAUCGACUGGACUCAAGCCAUUGACUACGGUCAUUCACUCUUUUCCUACUGCUAGCUCUUACUCCAGUGUUUCCGAGGUUUGGUUAAAGCCAGGUAACGCCUUGCCAACUGCUGCUGCUGCUGCUGUCAAGUCCCCCAAGCCUGUUCUCUUGGAAGCCGGUAAACGUUUCCAUAGCACAGUUACGUCUUCUGCCUCGUCCCCUUUUUCUUCAUCCGCCUGCAAGGAAAUCAAUAUGAAGAGCACUAUCAACGAUAAAGAAGCCAAGAUUGAAAGCAGUAUCAGUUUCUCUUCAUCACCAGUCAAGAGCCAGCGCAUCAAGAGCCAGCGCAUCAAGAGCCAGCGCAUCAAGAGCCAGCGCAUCAAGAGUCAGCCCAUUAAGAGUCAGCCCAUUAAGAAGGAAAACAUUGAGGCCCUCAACUACGUGGUUAUUCAAAUGAACAGUGGUAGAUGGAGCGAGGAAGAAAAGAAGAAAUUCAAAACCAAGCUUAUGGAAUUGACCUCCUGCCCACCCACAGGGAUCAAGACCUUUUUUCAAGAACUUGCCAAGGCUGUAGGUAGUAGAACCGUUCAGCAAUGCAAGCAACACCAUGCCUAUCAUUAUAGAGGAAUGCGUUAUGUAUAA